AUGGAAAGAAGUAAAUUGAAUGAACAAUUACAAAUUGCUGUUAAAAAGCUACUUGACAAUCCAAAUGAUGGUAAAAUUAUGGGAGAAAUAAAUAGUAUUCGUAUUAAACUUAUAAAUUCAUCAGAAAUUGUGAAUUCAGAAGUAGCAACAAUUAAUUCACAAUCAUUGAAUGAUGCACAACAAUCAUCAAAUAAUAAACAUUUACCUGAAAAUCAUUCACAAGUAUCAUCAACUAAUCUAGAAUCAUCAAAUAAUGAACAUUUACCUCAACAUAAUUCACAAGCAUUAUCAGCUAAUCCAGAAUCAUCAAAUAAUGAGCAUUUAUCUCAACAUGAUUCACAACAAUUACUUCAUAAUGAUCAAAACCAUUAUCUUCAAAUUGGUAAGCUAUAA